ACGGCGCGGUGCGUGUACGCGAAGUAGAGAGGCGUGAACAUCUAAACAUGGAGAGUUUGUGCAACUUUUCCUGCUGUUUCGACGUGAAGACGGACAUUUUGAGCUUUAUCACAUGUCUCCGACAUGACCUGCAGGCGGAGGCUUCAGGCAAGGACAGCAGCGAGGAAAAUACAAAGUGGAAAGAUGACAAGCCAAGCCCUGAUGUCCGCAUCGUUGGGCAAGAACGAUUCAAUGAAGUGUUGUACGUGUGGGACGACGUGUCCUCAUUCUCCAAUGAGGCAGUCACCCAUGUCGGAUUGUAUGACCCGGCAAAGCAAAAAAACUCGGUUCUGUUUGUUCAUGAGAAGACACUGAACAUUGUGAGCUGCACGAUGAACCAGGAACGGAGCAUGAUUGCAUACGUGACACUAGAGGGCGCUACUACAGGUGACUCUACCAAUGACUCUCAGAAACAGAAGAGUGCAAAUGCAAAACUUUCACCGUUUGUAGUCUACAGAGCGUUUCUUGCUGAGAUCUUCCCGCAACACCGCAUCUUCGACCUCAACGUGGAGCGGCAGAACCUCCUGCGUGUUCAGUUCCUCUGGAACCGUCAGCCCAAGGACCGAGACGCCGCCUCAAGAGAGUCCAAGCUUCUCUUCCUGCUCCACAAAGAGUCGAUUGGGCUUUAUGUUCUUCCGCUCGCAAGAAUGGGAAACAAGGGCGUGAUGAUGAGCGGCCCGCCGGAGACCUUGCAGGUAUUGAAGCAAUUCAUCUGGGCACAGUGGGACGUCGUCAACCAACGGCUCUUUGUCGUCCUGAUGAAGAUGCGGCCGGGCGAGGAGAAACCGGUACCCAUCAUGCGGUGCCUUGAGUUCAACAGUAAAACAUCCUCGAUCACCAAAAUAUUGGAGCUUGUUUUGCCUUUCCCAGUCAAAUUGAGCACAGGACAGGAGAAUUAUUCUAAUGUAACACCAAGCAGAACGAUGUCUGGAAGUUCUUUUAACAUGGAGGUCAUAGUUCAAGCCAGCGGCUCCUUUUGCGUCUGUUACCAGCACCCCACUAAGCCAAAGGUCCAGACCCCGCCCAUGCACACCUCGCACCUAAAGAUACCCACAGGCCGCAGGACGGAGCCAGGCAGCACCGAUAGCGAGACGGACUCCUUUGCAGACAGCACAGAGAAGCUUUCAAGUCCGUCCCCACGGCCAACCACGACAGAUUCCCUCGACCCGCCCAACCCUGACCUGAGGCGAAGGGCGAUCUCAGACAUCUCCGGCGUCUCCAACUCGCCACUUUCUCAGUCCUACGUCCAGGUCUAUCUCGGGGGAACCGGGGAUCUGGAAAUCUCCAGCGAUCUGUCCUCACCCGAUUCGUCCUCCACGGCUUCCCCCCACCCGUUGCGCCUGGACAUCUACCGCACCUCCCAUUAUGGCACCCGGUCACCCAUCCACAGCCCACAGAUGCCUGCUACAGCCCUCUCCUCACCCCUGAUGUGGGCGGAGAGGGAACUCCCCUCUCCCAUCCCUGCUGUAGAGAAGCAAGAUCUUGUAGAUCUCAACUACUCGGUGCUUAUUCUGCAUCACAUGACCGUCUUACACUGCAGCGUGCCCCAGAUACCGCGACUCAUGGCCGAAAGCACUAAGCUUUAUUUCAGCUGUUUAGAGAGCUACAUCCUAGUCUACUCACCCGGCCACUUGCUGCAUCUCCUCAACGUCAGCCCCGAAGUGAUUCCUUGCCUGCACGUGGCCUUCCACGGUCUCUCCGUCCCCAUCAGCCCGGUCAUAGAGUGCGAUGAGGGUGGCCUCGCAUUCUGGGACGGCGGCCAGGGGGGUCAGCUCCUGACGCACUUCAACCGUGAGAGAGCGGUCAGCAUGAGUGGUGACUGCAUCUUCAAUGCAGCGACAGGCAAGGCGUUCCGCGUCAGCAUCAACAAGGAUGCCAUUCCCAGCCUCCUCGUCCAGGCCAACUGUCACUCCACCAAGCUAGCCCUGGUACACCUCAUCACCGUGCACCUCAGGGACUCGGUGCUGAUACAAAAGGUCAUGAAGGAGUUGUCGAUGGACGUCACCAACCUAGACCUCUCAGAAUUGAUGGCGGAACACCUGAUAGGGGCCACGUUCAGCGCCAUCCGGCGGCAGUUUGACCGCGACACACUGCGCCUGCUGCAGUUCACCAACACCGACAUCGCCAGAGGGCAGUUGGUCGAGACCACAGAUGGAGAGAGAUUGGUUAGUUUCAGGCACGCUAGCUACAGCAUACAGCCCCACAUUAACAUCCACAAGAGGGACUGGAUGGAACGUCGUCUGACCAUGGAGGUCAGCUCCAGCACCCUGUGGGAGACGUUGGAGCAGCGGGUCCGAGCGCACAGCCUGUCUCCCUCCCCCUCCACCGUCGGUAAACCGCUCCAACGGUUCCACCCACGCACAAUCGAGAUGGAUGCCCGCAAGCAGAGAGCCCAGUCGGUGAUCGAGGGUGGUCUGAUGAGGCAAGGUCCGUCCACCCAGCGUGCCUCCUUCCUCAAGAAGAUGGCGGCCUCGGCCCGCCGGGUCAUGACCCCGUCCAAGAAGCCGGUCAUCACGAUGCAGCCACAGCGAGACGCCUCCCUGGUGCUGAUGGAAGAGGAUGCCUUAUCACGGCCCGACAGCAGUCAAGAUGCCAUCCUCAGCCUUACUCAGGACCGGCUGAUUGCCCACUUUGCCCGGCACCUGCCCAGCUCGGUCAGCCAGGAGAAGAUCCUCAACAUGGCGCAGGAGUACCUGACGUGCCAGCUGCAACAAGUGCGGCAGCUGGUCUUGCUGAUGCUGCAUGCCUGCGGGUACCCUGACCCUCGCACCAUACCCCGCAGCACCGUCCGACUUAACAAGAGACCUCCCCCAAUGGGCUACCAGCUCUUCCACCUGAUCGAGAGGUUCUACAUGGCUGUGCAAAUUAUCUCCUUCCCACUGCCGCCUGGGUUCCAGACGUUCUUUACGAUACAAGGAUUUUGCUGUCUGGAGCCUGCCAUGUUCCUUCAGUACGUCGAUCACGGCAUCUUGCGGCUCACCGAGGAGUUCAUGACGCGCCUCAUGCAAGAAGUCCCCGAUGACACUGAAGACCAAGUCAACAUGAAGAUCCAGAUUCUGGCCAGACUCCCCAAGGGAACAGCGCAGGUGCUACAACACUGGAAUCACCCAAUCAGCAUGCAGCAUCUGGCCCAGCAGUACGUAGCCGACACCCUCAGAGAAGAGGGCGUGCGAGUGAGCGAUUAUAGGACUCGGCAAUCCAGAAGCGCUUCUCAGCUCUCCCAGAGCUCAAGCAACUCGGAGGGGAAUUUUAGUGUGGCAUCCACAUUCCCACCACUGUCCACACUGCUGGGGCUCCUGGAAGCCAGAGAUCCUAAAGUUGGUCCUACCGUCAAGAGUAGCGAGGAUGUUGCUCCCAGCCUGCAUCACCUCGACCCCAAGCUGGUGGAGAAGGUCGCCCUGAGGCACUCGGUGGAGCAGUAUGGCACAGAUUUGAGUGCCGUGUCCUUUUAGAAAUGGCCGGGUGUCUUCUCCGAGAUCGGCAGUGGAGCAGCGGAAAGUGAGCUUGGGCCAUUUUCCAAAUCGUGGCUUUGUCUCGGGGUGUGGCUCACAUCAGGGCCCCAGAACCUUUUUCAAAAUUACUGGCGCCAUUAAACGAAAAUGCUGCGCAGCCUCGAUUUCCAUAACUUUUCCUCUGACAACAGGAUUCUGUGACACCCUAUUUCUUUAUUCCAAAUUUUCCCCCGAGGCUUUUCCCAUGACUUUCCCGGAAAAACUUUUUCCAGGAUUUCUCCGGCUUUCGCAUUACCAUGGGAACCGCAAUUGAUAAAUUUAAAUCAAACAACACACUUUAUUAAUCAGAAAUAAGAGGAGGUACAUAAUGUCAUUUCAAUUCCAGGAUGACGUUUAUUUUUCCAAGGAACACUUUGGCAGUGUGUCUGAAUACAAUGAUAUUGGAGUUAUCGUUUUUUUAAUGUGGUCAACUUGUGUUGACUUGUGUGAGCACGGUUUCAUUCUAACUUGAAAACAUUUCAAGUCCACAGAAAGCUAGCACUGUUGUCAAAGCCUUUCUUCAUCUAUAAUUCUUCCAUAACUGUUAAGAGAUUCAGAAAAAUAAAACAAGACUACUUUUUUUGUAACUUGCACAGCUAACUUGAACGAGACAAGAUUGCAAUAUCGUUGAAAUGGCUGAAUUGUACAUAUGAAAUGGUUUUUUUCAUAUUGGUCACUAUAAUAUGUGACCCACCAUCCCAAAACCAGGCUGAAGUCCGUAUUUGUGGUGUUGGACAAUUCCUUUCUUUCAGCUUUUUUUACACCUUAAAGUGAUCCAUGUUCAAUCGUAAUUCUGUCUGCAGAAAGCUUCUUACGGGU